AUGACACAAGGAAAUGCAACUCAAGUGACUGAAUUCUAUCUUCUCGGAUUCGGUGUCCAAUACGAGAUUCAGUGUGUCCUCUUCCUUGUAUUUCUUGUGAUCUAUGUGACAACUAUGGUGGGUAAUACUGGAAUGAUCCUGCUCAUCAACACAGAUUCCAGACUUCAGACACCCAUGUACUUCUUCCUGCAACACCUGGCCUUUGUUGACAUCUGCUACACAUCUGCUAUCACUCCCAAGAUGCUCCAGAACUUCAUGGCAGAAGACAAAUCCAUAUCGUAUGGAGGGUGCAUAAUGCAAUUAUUGGUAGUUGCAACAUUUGCAACCAGCGACUGCUACCUCUUGGCAACUAUGGCAGUGGACCGUUACGUAGCCAUUUGUAAGCCACUUCGCUAUCCCAUAAUCAUGUCUCGAACCAUCUGCAUCCAGCUGGUAGCUGGCUCAUAUCUCAUGGGUUCAAUAAAUGCCUCUGUGCACACAGGUUUUACAGCUUCUCUGUCCUUCUGUAAGUCCAACAUCAUCAAUGAUUUUUUCUGUGACUUUCCCCCAAUUCUCGCCCUUUCUUGUUCCAACACUGACAUCAACAUCAUGUUAAUUGUUGUCUUUGUGGGAUUUAACCUGACAUUCACUGUGUCGGUCGUGAUCUUCUCCUAUAUCUACAUCCUGGCCGCCAUCCUAAUGAUGUCUUCUGCUGCAGGGAGGAAGAAAGCCUUCUCCACCUGCGCCUCCCACCUCACAGCUGUCACCAUAUUCUAUGGGACUCUCUCCUACAUGUACUUACAGCCUCCUUCUGAGCACUCACAGAACAAUAUGAAAGUGGCCUCCGUAUUCUACGGCAUCAUCAUUCCCAUGUUGAACCCUCUGAUCUACAGCUUGAGAAACAAGGAGGUCAAAGAAGCUGUGAAAGUAGCAGGGAAAAAGUUCAUUUAG